UACAACUAAACUCAUUUAUUUAUUAUCAUCAUUAUCUUUACUUGAUCUCUCUGUAUUCUGCAUUCAAUUUGCAGCUCAAACUGAUUAAUUCAUAGUUGCUCCAUUCAUUUAAUCGUACGGCUGCACUUUAUUCAUUGCCUCUUCAUUUUCUUGCAGUUUUUGUAUCUGGAUAUCUUCUUGGAUUUGUUUUUCACAUGCCUCAUUCUGCAUUCAUUUUUACAUUUUUUCAUUUUUUAGAUAUGAUAUGAUUAAUAUUUUACUCUUUUACUCAUUUUCAGACAUUCAGGUAUUUGUUUUUUCAUGGUUGUUCUUCGUAGCCUGUCCAGGUAGAGUUGGGGUUUUCAAUGGCACAGCUGAAAUAAAUUAAUUAAUUAAAUCUUGAACUCCCUCCUUUGUUCUAGAGAAGAAGAAAAAUGAAGUGUUUCUAUUACUUCAAGGACAGAAAUAGACAUAGGGAACAAAAAUCCGCUCCAAUUUUCAAGAAUCACAGCAAAUCGGAUGUAUCAGAAGGCGAAAGGGCGACUAAAUCUUCAUGUUCAGCUACUUCGGUGCGCAGUAUUCCUGAAUUAUAUGAAGAAAAAGCUCAGAGUUUGAGAGUUUUCACAUUCUCUGAGCUGAGACAGGCAACUAAUAAUUUUAGUAGAUUGCUUAAGAUUGGUGAAGGCGGGUUCGGAUCAGUAUAUAAAGGAACCAUCAAACCUGUUGAUGGAAAGGGUGAUCCUUUUGUGGUUGCCAUCAAGAAACUCAACAGAGAUGGCAAUCAGGGUCAUAAGCAGUGGGUUGCAGAAGUACAAUUUCUCGGUGUUGUCGAGCAUCCGAAUCUUGUCAAACUUAUUGGAUAUUGCGCCACAGAUGGCGAGAGAGGUAUACAAAGGCUACUUGUAUAUGAAUACAUGGAAAACAAAAGCUUGGAAGAUCAUCUUUUUGACAUGGCUUAUCCAGUUCUUAAUUGGGAUCGGAGAUUGCUAAUAGCGCUCGGAGCAGCUCAGGGAUUGGCAUACCUGCACGAGGAAUUGGAAGUCCAGGUUAUAUAUCGAGAUUUCAAAUCGUCCAAUGUUCUAUUGGAUGAGGACUUCAAGCCUAAGCUUUCCGACUUCGGGCUUGCUCGGGAAGGCCCGACGGCUGGACAUACUCAUGUAUCUACUGCGGUUGUUGGUACAUAUGGAUAUGCUGCCCCUGAUUACAUUGAGACAGGUCAUCUCACUUCUAAGAGUGAUGUAUGGAGUUUUGGUGUUGUAUUGUACGAGAUAUUGACAGGUAGGCGUUCACUCGAUAGAGAUAGACCAAGAUCGGAACAGGAACUUUUGGAAUGGGUGAAGCAGUACCCUGCUGAUAGUCGGAAAUUUGGCAUGAUAAUGGAUCCAAGACUCGAAAGUCAGUUUUCUCUUAGCGUAGCUCGGAAAAUUGCGAAAUUAGCUAAUAGUUGUUUGGUAAAAAGUGCAAAAGAUCGACCGAAGAUGAGCAUAGUAGUGGAAACUUUGAAGCAAAUAGUGCAGGUCUCCAGUGUGGAAAGCCCAUCUGUGAACCAGUUCGAGUGCAUUGAAGAUAAACCACUAGAAGAAAAGCCUGAGAAACAUAUGGGAGUCUCGGAAUCGGCCAAAAGGCGUAUGGCACACUUGGCUAAGAUAAGUGAAAAUGUAGGGGGUAUUAGUAGGAGCAGGUUCAUGUUCAUGCAGAGAACCAAAGUGACAUAAGGAAGCAGUUUUCUUGACAAUAUUAUGUUGAACAGAGCUGGUUAAAGAUUCAAGAUUUUGGACAUCGAAUUUGAUUUUCGAGUCACUGAUCAGCUUGGUGUAGUUAACGUGCUCGUCAAGUAGUGUAACCCGAAUUCAAUAAAUUUGAUUAUAUGAAGUCAAUUAGUGGAAAUGCAACUGAAAUAUUGACAUUCUGAUGAUGAAACAUACCUGGGGAAUGCAGUCUUUAGCCCUUUCUUGUAAUGAAAAUUUUAUUGGAGAAGAAUAUAUUUCUUCAUAUGGCUCUCAGAGUCCAUUUUGGGGUA